AUGGAGAGCGAUGAUGAGAUAAGACGAGUACCGGAGAUUGGAGGUGAGACCACCGGCCCCACAACCUCUGGCCGCGAGGGUACUUCUGUCUUGGCCAAGCCCUCGGCCAGCGGUUCAAAGAGGAGAGGGAGAAGCCCAGCUGACAAAGAGAACAAGAGGUUGAAAAGGUUAUUGAGGAACAGAGUUUCAGCACAGCAAGCAAGGGAGAGGAAGAAGCAAUACUUGAUUGAUCUGGAGGCUAGGGUUAAAGAGUUGGAAACUAAUAAUACCGAGCUUGGGGAGAAGGUUUCUACUUUGCAAAAGGAGAACCAAAUGCUUAGACAGAUACUGAAGAACACGACUACUAGCUCGCAAGAGGGGAGAAAAUAG